AUGCCGGCUUUCAGUACUCAUCGUAUGAUGCUUUUGCUUCUUCUUCUAUUACAAGCAGACAGCAAGUACGCGGUUUUAGGGUUUAGAGGUAGAGAGUUUUUCCAUGGACAAGUACAGGGAGAGAGAACAGAAACUCAUCAGACAGAUGAAGUUUCUGACCUGACGACCACUGGUUCUCAUCUCAGGCUCAGCCAUGAAGAUGGAGGGAUGCUCAUGCAGAGCCGGCGUGUGAUUGAGGAGGUCGACCGGAGUAAAAUGGCGCAAAAACCAAAUAAGAAGGCAUAUGAUCGGUACCGAUGUUCGAGGAAGAGACGUGUAAGAAGAGGAUCAGAUCCUAUCCACAACAAAUCUUGA